AUGUCUGUCGAGAAGGACACCGUGAACGCGUCCUCCGCUGUUGACGGCAUCGGUGCGCCAACUCCCUUGGACGAGAAGAACACAACUGUCGACAAUGUGUCGACCAAGCUCAGCGACGAUGAGGAGCACCACGAGGAGGACCUCUAUGUGCCCCUCAAGAUGGAUGCCGAUCUGCCUCCCGAAGGCAACCCCCUCACCAUCCGUGCCGUCGUCGUCGGUUGCAUUCUCGGAUCGCUUGUCAACGCAUCCAACGUCUACCUAGGUCUCAAGACCGGCUUCACGUUCCUCGCCAGCAUGUUCGGCGCCCUUUUCGGUUACGGCAUCCUUAGACUCAUGUCGCGGACCAACAUCCCCAUCAUCGGUGGCUACUUUGGUCCUCAGGAGAACAGUAUCGUCCAGGCUGCUGCCACUGGUGCUGGUGGCUUCGCCGGCAUUUUCGUGGCUGGCAUUCCCGCCAUGUACCGUCUUGGUCUGCUCAGCGACUCGCCAAAGAACGACAUUGGCAAGAUUUUCACUUUGACCAUCUCUUGUGCCUUCUUUGGUAUCUUCUUCGUUACCCCCUUGCGCAAGUUCUUCGUCAUUCGCGUUGCGCGCGAACUGCGCCUGAUGUUUCCGACCGCGACCGCCGCGGCGCUGACCAUCCGUUCUAUGCACGCCGGCCUUUCGGGAGCUCGGGAGGCUUUCAGCAAGCUCAAGGCUGUGUCGACGGCGUUUGUCGUCUGCAUCGUCCACCGUGUCGUUUCGUACUAUGCCGUCGGCAUUCUGUACGACUGGCACUUCUUCACCUGGAUCCAUAUUUGGAGCGGCUAUUCUUCGUGGGCUCUGAACAUUGAGUCUUGGGGAUGGUACUUUGAGUGGACCACUGCCUUCAUCGGUUCCGGUAUGCUCAUCGGUCUCAACUCUGCCCUGUCCAUGUUUGCCGGUUCCGUUCUCGCAUGGGGUGUCAUCGGACCUGCUCUCGUCCACUACGGCGAGUGCAUCGGCAAGGACGUCUCCGACGGCGACCCGAAGUGGGAUGGUCUGUACAGCUUCUACUCUCUGGCCAACAUCGGCAAGGGCCCCUCGUCUCCCCGGUACUGGCUGCUCUGGCCCGGUGUCAUGAUCAUGGUGUGCGCCUCCAUGGCUGAGCUGGCCGUGCACUGGAGGAUCAUCUCGUACGGCGUCAAGGCCCUCUGGUCUUCUUCGUGCGCCUCAAUCCACUCGAUGGCCGAGAAGCGGGGCAAGCGCAUCGAAUUCUUCGCCAAGCGUGCCGACGCAUACAGCACGUCGUCGGAGCAAGACGUCGUCAAGGACCCUUCGCCGCCUGAGGAUCAGGUCCCCAUGUGGAUGUGGACGUCUGGUCUGCUGGUCUCGAUCGUUCUCGCCAUUGUCCUCAUGGCCGUCGAGUGGAAGAUCCACGUUGGCCUGACCAUCCUGGCGCUGGUGCUGGCGUUCCUCUUCUCUUUCUUGGCCAUCCAGAUUGGUGCCGUGACUGACCAGACGCCUUUGACGGCAGCCGCCAAGGCCUCGCAGCUUGUCAUCGGUGGUGCCACCUCGGGCAUGGGAUACGGCGUGCAGCACGCGCAGCGCGUCAACCUCGUGGCCGGUGGUCUCGCCUCGGGUGCCGCUGACGUGUCAACGGCCCUGACCUCCGACUUCCGCACCGGUUUCCUGCUCGGCACUCCUCCCAUCAAGCAGUUCAUCGCCCAGGCCAUCGGCACCUUUGUCUCAGUGUGGCUCGCCCCGGGUCUGUUCAUCCUCUUCACCACUGCCUACCCCUGCAUCAUCAACCCGGAUAUCGAUGGCGGCCACUGCGCCUUCGGCGCCCCCUCUGUCGGCGCCUGGGCUGCCGUUGCGCAGGUCGUCACCGAGCCCAAUGUCAGCAUCCCGCUGUCGUCCGGCAUCUUCUCCAUCGUCAUGGGUGUUCUCUCCAUCAUCCAGGUUGUCCUCCGCCACCACUACCUCGUCGGCGAGCGUGAAAAGUACCGCGAGUACCUCCCCAACUGGGGCGCCAUUGCUCUGUCGUUUGUCAUUCCCGGCCCCGUCUUCACCAACGCCGCUCUGCUCGGUGCCAUCAUCUCGGCCGUCUGGCGCAAGUGGAAGCCCGCCAGCUUUGAGAUUUACGCCUACGCCAUCGCUGCCGGUAUGAUUGCCGGUGAGGGCAUGGGCGGUGUCGUCGGCGCCGUUCUGCAGCUCGCCGGUGUCUCGGGAGAUAUCAAGGGCACCAUGGUCGGAUGCCCGAUGAACUCAUGCUAA